AUGAACUGCAGCAAAAAAGUUUCCCGGCGAAGCAUGAAGACAUGUACACCGUUCGGCUCCUACCAGUGUCUAAGCGGUUCGAAACUGAAAUACGUUCAAGCGAAACGAUCGUAUCCGAGAUUACUGUACGAUGAUAUUCAGUCGGACAGGUCCGUUGAACAGAAGACGCACGUGCAGGUCGAAGCGAACAAGCAGUCGACUUGCAUAUCACCGGCCAGCGUGCAGCGUACAACCGACGGGCACGAAUUUUCGCAGCCUCUUCAAGGUCAAAUCUACAACAAACAAGUGAUCACCAUGACCCGUGUAUCUUGCGUUUCGUUCUUAGGAAAACGCAACCGUGUAUCUGCCACGGAAGGAGCAAAGACGAGUGACUGGACGAACUGGAACUCGAACCACGACCUCGUCGCGACUGUGUCCGAUGAUCAGCGGGUUCACAGCAACACCGGAUCAUUGUUCUACGAAGGUAAUGCUGAUGCCGUCGAUUGUGCAAAAGAAACGAUACGAAACUGGAUGGUUUGA